UGCUAAAUGACGUAAAUGUAAAUGUAAAAUAUGUCUCCCACCUCACUCUCUAUUUCUCUCUCUCCAGAUGAAGGACACAUUCUGCCAACUGCAGGAUGUGUUGGAUGAGCCCGGAGGAGGAGGAUGCUAUACCAACGAGACCUUCACCACUGUGGACCUGGACGAUCUGUCUGCCCAUACGGGCUUUGACCAGGCAGCAGCGACCCCUGACCCCUGACCUGAACAGCAUGCUCCAGGAGGCCCAGCACGUCCAACAGGAGGUCCAACAGAUCCAGGAAGACCAUGGCCAGCUCCCGGACCAGAACUACCAUGCCUUGAACAACACAUUGUCGGACGACACCCGUGAACAGGGACGCAAACGGCAUCGCAGCAGACAUCAAAGCCAGAAGAGAGGCCUUCUUAGAGAGACUACACAGGAUAAACAGGGUUCAGCGAGGUAGCAGUGACCACGUGGUAAGCUUCGCCCGGACACAGUAUACCAACCUGAGCACAGCCUUCAGGGAGGUGAUGUUCAGCUACAACCAGAUGGAGCUGGGGCACAGGGAGAACUGUAAGAGACAGAUGAAUAUUGAAUAUCUUCAAUGCCCUGGCUGAUGGGAAAACGGCCCAGACGGCGCUGACGCAGAUCGCUAAUAGACACAAAGAGCUGCUGGACCUGGAAAAGAGGAUCCAGGGAGUUCAGGAGUUGUUUCUGAAUGUGGCUGUGCUGAAAGAGGAACAGGGAGCGGUGCUCAACAACACCAAGACCAACGUACAAAAGACAGAGGCAACUAUGGAGGGCGCCAGGGUUCAACUGGACAAAGCCAAGAGACAUGACAAGAACAAUCCCAUCAAGAAACUGUUCUGUGGCUGCUUUCCAUGUUACAAAUGAUUGUAUAUCUGAUACAUUGUGUAUGUGAUACAUUGAGUAUCUUGAUUUGAAUGUAAAUAAUACAUUUAUUUAAGAAAGCACACUUAAAAACAGUUUUGCACUGUCUGCAAUGGGACUGGGAGGUACUGUAGGUCUUCAAAUAAGGACAGGUACGCAAAAACAACAUACAGAACCAUUCCAAAGCAUCAAAAAUCAGCUCAUGAUCUGUCUCAAGAUAUCUACCCAUAGUACAAGCAGUUAUUGGAAACAAACAUAAUAAUUCUGAGACUGGAAGUGGCUCUGGAAAUCACACUGUGGUGCGUAGAAAUAGUAAGCCUGCCAUCAUUGAAAAUGUGCAAGCACUACCUAUAGCGCACAGUUUGUUCCACCAAGCUCAUUGAAAUAUAUAAGAGAGGUAUAAAGUACAAAAACAAUAAUUAAAUCGCUGUUUCUGGUGACAUAAAACAACCACGAGGUGAAGUGACAAACGUCAAUAAUGUUUCGAGAGUUUUCAAAAUUAAAACGUGAUCAUGUCCUUCCGCUUGUUGCCAUGAAUGAGCAUCGGUGGGGAACUCCCUCCAAGGGGUGCAUUCACUAGGAAUCAAACGUAACCAAACGGGCCGGAACGGGGAGGGAGCCACCUGAAGUUGUCCAAUAAGAAACGGUUUGCUACGGUUUGCUUCAGUUUGCACUAAUGAAUAUACCCCAUAAAUUAGGUAGUGGGCUGGUUCCUGGCAGACAGAGCUAGAAGACUACACGGAGCAUUAAGGGGAAAUGAUUCUCCGAGCGUUUGUCUGUUCUGUUUGAAUGAUUUUGUUCUUAUUGGGCAGUCUACGGAGCAAAUAUCAGGUAGGAUGAGAGACAGACUACUUGACCUGCAGGGGGUGGCCCCCGCUCCUCCAGACACGGACGAAAGGGGUCAGGGCAGCGAUGAUGAGGGAGAGCUGGAGCAGCAGUCGGUGGUGUUCGAAAACGAAGAUCGGAUGGACAGCAUCUUCAGAGAAGCCCAGUCCGUGAGGAAGGAGAUCGCUCUGCUCCGGAUGGACGUGAAGCGGCUGGGCAAGCAGAACACCCGAUUCCUCACCUCUGUCCGGCGGAUCAGCUCCAUCAAACGAGACUCCAACACCCUGGCCAGGGGCAUCAAGACCCGGGGGGAGGGCAUCUACACACGGCUGGAGAAAAUCGGCGUGCAGCACAAACAGCUGGAAGAAGAGCAUGGGGCCAAUUCUGCCCUGGUCCGCUUGGUGCGUUCUCAGUAUGUUUCUCUCACCGGGGCUUUCCACGAGGCCAUGUCUGAGUACAACCAAGCAGAGAUGAGCCAGAGGGAGAACUGCAAGACCCGGAUCCAGCGCCAGGCAGAGAUCAUGGGCAAGGAGGUGACAGGCGAGCAGAUCGAGGAGAUGGUCGAGACAGGGAAGUGGAACGUGUUCUCCGACAACCUCCUGACAGACGGGCGGACGGCACGCUCGGCGCUCACGGAGAUCGAAAAGCGGCACAAGGAGCUGGUGGAGCUGGAGAGUCGGAUCAAGGACAUCCAUGAGCUGUUCUUUCAGAUGGCUCUGCUGGUGGAGGAACAGGGGGCCAUGGUGGACAACAUAGAGGCCAACGUGGUCGCCACUACAGACUUUGUGGGCAAGGCCCAGGCUCAGAUCAAGAGGGCUGUGAAGUACCAGAAGAAGAACCUCUGUAGGAAAAUGUUCUGUUGUUGUUUCCCUUGCUGCAACAAGUGAGACCGACAGAGUGUUAUUGUUGUAUUUCAAGUCAAGAUCCUACUCUCUUAGAAAAAAGGGGGUUCCCAAAGGGUUCUUCGGCUG